GGUGACGUGGAAAACUAUUGAAAACAAAUAUCAUAAUUAAAAUUAAACUUUUGCAGUAUAUAUUACAUCUUUAAAAAAAUAUUUUCAAGUUUUCUUAUUUUUCUCCCGUCUAAGGAUCCCAUAGCACGAUAUAUAUGCACGACGCUCCUGAAGCUCGAGCGACUCGUAGGCUACUCGCGGGGUGUCAAGGUAAGGGGAACAACGGAAGGCGGAGCCGUCCCGAAAAGAGAGGAAAGUUUGCUAAGCUGCCGACCUCUGUUCCAGAGUAAUGGGUCCAAACAAAACAGAGCCCUGAGGAACCCUCGCCAAGACCGGACGACGCUUCACACCACCACCAGCCACAGGAUACUCAACGAGACGAUCGCUCAGGUAUACGUUGAUGAUCCUAUGGUCAGGGAAGCCUCUGGCACGCACGGAGUUCCUGAUUUCCUUAAAAGGAAGCGAAUUGAAGGCGUUUGCAACAUCAAGGUUUAUCGCGAUGGCAACGCCACCCUCAGCAACAACUCCCUCCGUGCCGCACCCUGAGCAAGGCAUCGCAUGUCGAGCGACCCUCCCGAAAACCAAAUUGGCUGUUCGACAAUUCGGCCCUCGGAUGUUCAAGCAUCCACUUUCGCAUCCUGGCAGCAAUAAUGCGCUCCAAAAUCUUCCCGGUCUCACUGAGGAGACAAAUAGGUCUCGCCUUUGGGAGCGGCCCAACAGAUGUCCCGGGCUUAGGGAUGAGAACGAGUCCCGCACAUUUCCAAGCCACGGGGAAGACCCCCUCACGCAGGCACGUAUUGAAGCACAUGGUGAGUCUCUCCACCAACUCCCUCGGAGCGUUUCUCCGCACAACAGCGCGGAUUCCGUCCAGGCCUGGCGCCCUGUUAGACAAGCUUCUCCUGUGACGUAUCGCAGCAUAUGUUUCCGCCAGCUGUACGUCGUCCUCCAUUCUCCAUGCAGUUUCCACACUGGGACCAGUCGUAGUCCCAUCGCUAGUAGGAAAGAGAGAGUCAAGAAGGGCCUGCAACAAAUCAGCAGGCAGGCUUUCAGACAUCCUGGGAUACGAGCGCCUCAAACGGUUGAGUACCAACAGGUACGGUCUAUCCCAGGGAUCCGCCUCGACAGCACCGACCAGCUCCGACCAUCCUGCCACUUUAGCUUUGCGGAUAGCGCUCCGCAAAUUGUCACGCGCAAUACGGUACUCGCCGCGCAAAUCCGAGCGCCUAACUUCCGCAAAAUCGUCAUCCGCAACACCGCUGGCUCGGCGUAUACGCGAGCACAGCCUGCUGUUGUAGCGCGUGAGAAGCCUCCUGGCACGCACACACACCGGAGGUCAGCGAUAUCAGGGGACCACCAGUAGGCACAGUUUUUUUGCACAGGUCUCCCGGCCCUAGGAGCCGCGAAAUCACAGGCCCUCUUCAACACGCGGUCAAACCAGCCGGCGAAACUCCGCGGACAUAGUAUCGCCUUCGGCAGGACUCGCAACACCGUCCCACUCCAAGGCCAUGGCAAGUGCCCUCAUAUCCAUUCGUCGAUAGUUCCAACGCGGGUGUGGACUAACGAAGUAUGUCUCGUCCUCCAAUAGUCCAAGUCGUGGGCCCACCACAGCAUAGAUGAUCACGCAGUGAUCGGACAGACUCCAGGUCGUUAACCGACCAAUCCACAAGACGUCCAAAUAGAUCGGCAGUCAUCCAUGUAAGAUCCACGACAGAUGACCCACGUGGAUUAGUACAGGAUCCCAAGAUACCGAGCGUGCGUUGAAGUUACCACCGAUCAAAACUCUUCUACCGCUAGCCUCAUCAACUAUAUCCCCGAGUUCGUCCAAGAACUCAAGGUAACGGCCCCUCGUGGCGUUAGGGGAGACGUAACACGAGACGACCACCAGAUCGCCAACUCUGACAGCCACAUUGUCACGCCCCCGCCUGAUCAAGGCGCAACCCAAAGGUAUCACCGGAUGUCUCACGAUGAUCGCCGCCAGUCCGCUACUGCUGGUAAACCAGUCGGCUAAAUCCAAACGUCGUCUGGAAGGCUCGGACACAAUACCGAUCGCAAAGGCCUCUUCGUUCAUAUAGUGAAUCAUAAGGUCGAACGAGGGCCAACUCCGAUUUACAUUGACCUGGAUGACUUUAAGCGCCAUAAUCCAGUUCAGCAUUGACACCGGCCCUCCGCACCGGUACAGCUCUUACACUCUUGCCGUCCUCCAUUGCUCCACAUCCUGUGGAGCCCAUGCGAUGGUCAGCAUGUCUUCCUUCUGAAGCACACACCACACAAUGGGGAUUCGCUGAGCAGUCACGUGCCGCGUGCCUAGCACCGCCGCAACGAAAACAAGCGCCAGAUCUGUCCACAUCCUACUUACAGGCGUGCCGCGUGUGCCCAAACUGCCAGCACUUGAAGCACUGACGUAGGCGUGCCCGCAAGAGUUCCAACCGAGCAACCGACCAGCCAAUGCGCAACCUGCCGGGCGCAGCCACCUUAAUCGCUGCCGCGAGUGGGCACUGAACCCAAAUAGAUCCGAGGCCGUUGGCCAUCUUCCUGAUUGGCCCGGUUCUGAUCUCAGGCAUCCUGCAACUCCCAAACUCCGCCAGGACGCACAUAACCUCGUUGACGCAGACCGAGUCGUCGAGGCCCCAAAUGCGAAGCUCCCCUCUGAUAAUCGGUCGGGAGACCACAGCGUCCUUAUCAAGAACCUCCACCAACUCGGCAGCGAGCAAGUCGGUCUUCUCCGCACGCUCUGAACCCGAGAUCUCGAAGAACAUCGAGCCGUUAGCCGCACGUCUUAUACGUGUGGCGAAAGUAUGGUUAACGCGUACCCGGCCGGUAUUCGACCUCGCGCACCACCACCUACGAAAAUUAAAUGUGAUUAGUGCGAGGUGUGUAAGGUUGUAAAAAUUACUGAGAUUCUCCCCUGUACUACGAACUUACUAUAUUCGCGCACAAGAUCUUCAACAACAGUAAAUACAAAAUUCUUACAAAAACUAACAAAGUCUUUACAACGGCGAAAUGCGACAGUCGGUUCACUAAGCUCGAACGCGACACGCUUUAACGAGAUAGUCCUAAUUCUGCACGAGCUAGUCUACCGCAGCACGCGCGUAGGUUCUCCUGCCGUCGGAGAUGAGGUAACGUGCGCGGAAAGGUAGCGACUAACCUCCGUCAAACCAGAGCGCGCCGAAGGUCAUGACGCGCGUGGAAACAGCAUGCACGCACGCAAAAGCAUGUCACAAACGCAAGAGGCAUUGCACGCACGCAAAAACAUAGCACAAACGCAAAAGACAUUGCACGCACGCAAAAAGCAUUUAUCACAGCGAACUCGCAAAGCGACAUACACGCGACAACUUAGAGACGGAUUAACACGUAGCCAAACAACACUGACCGCGACACACACGCAGCGGUCACGGACGACACGUCGAUUCGGCCUGUACGGAAACGAAGGAACACGUCGCGAAGCGAACAAAGAAACCGGCGACUCACGAUACGCGCACGUGGCGAUCACGUGCUCGCUUGGCUAGCACAAAGAAUGCAGCCUUGUGACGAACGCAGGUUUUCCCGACCUGCAGGGUCGUCCGACCUCACGGUGACCUGCAACAGGCAAGCCGCUUAGGCUAUGCAACCGCACUGCACUUGCAAAAAACGGGAACGCGCGAGAAAUCACUGGCGAAACCGCUCGCUACGACCGCUCACGUGCUGGCCGCGGCGGAUGCGCACGUCGGAAGAGAGCGCAGGAUGCACGUGGCAAUUCUGCCGGCACUGCACAAGCCUUCGGGCCGAAGUACGCCGAACGCGAGAUCUCGAACGAUCUAAGAACGCGGAACACGGCACGCGGCUACGAGAAAAACGACUAAAAAGGUUAAUAUGGACGAACGCGAAAGACGACUUAUCGGUGAGAGAGCGGUAGUCGUAGUCUCUCCUCUCCUCGACCGGGCCCUCUCUUAACGCGGCGCUAGCGCGAAACACUGGCGCGGCUGCAGACGCUGCUUGCGACGGUGGACGCGCGAUGGCGGCUCCUGUAUACUAGGUGCAGGAGUCCGCGAGCCCCGCGAAGGCGGUGGCUCCACAUACAGGUACUCUCGAUUCCCAGUCCAUCCAACUGUAUAUAUUGACGAGCCUUCUUUAGGAGAUCGGAGUACAGACGACCAUCUUGAUAUUAACGGCCGCCGUUCUAGGCACCCUUCUGGUGCCACAAAUCCGCGAGGUAGGCUUAGCCGGAUCAGCCGCAAUCGACGUACGACUCAUUCCAGCAGAAGAAUCACCUCCCUUAGUGGACAACCGCAUCCUUGGUCGUACAGGGGGCCCCCCAAGCGACGUUACCUCCCGAGUAGCAACCGGAGGUUGUAGUCCGGUCGACUCUCCGUCAAUUAUUUCCGAGCCUAUAGUAAGCCAAAAUGUUUAGUAUCAGACCGAGGUACCUGUUUUACGUCCGAUUCGUUCAAAGACUUUUUAAAAAAUCAAAGGAUCAAUCAUGUCCUAAUUGCUGUUGGAACCCCAAGGGCCAAUGGCCAAGUUGAAAGGUACAACCGAAUUAUUGUACCGAUGUUAGCUAAGCUCAGCAAUGCACUUUCUAAGUGGGAUUGCGUGCUAGGGCAAGUAGAUUAUGCGCUAAACAAUAUCUUCUGUCGAGCAACGAAUGAAGUACCGUCUCGUUUGCUUUUUGGUAUCGAACAACGGGGGGAGGCAAACGACUUGAUACGCGAAUUAAUUGCUGAAAGCGAGCAGCCAGAGCGUGACCUCGAAACGAUUCGAGAUAGGGCCAAGGCGAGUAUCGAAGAGAACCAGCGUAAGAACGCGAUACGUUACAAUUUGCGACGUAAACCCGCACGCACGUACAAAGUAGGCGACUAUGUGGAAAUUCGAAAUGUGGAAACCGCAGCAGGAAUAAAUAAGAAACUUAUACCAUUGUUCAAGGGUCCCUAUGUCGUAAAGAAAAUAUUAGACCAUGACCGAUAUGUUAUUACUGAUAUAGAAGGAUUUCAAGUCACACAGCGUCCUUACACAGAUGUAGUUGCACCUGAUUACAUGCGGCUAUAUGUAAACCCUUAGUAGAUAGCCACUGACAUCGCUAGGCCGACAUACUAGUUUUAGGUUAGUUUGAAUAAUUCGCUGAUAUGCGUGGUGGAAUCAUAGUUUAGUUUUAGUUAAAGAAAAUACACAUCGAUCGAGACGAUCAACAAGGUCAGAAUGGCCGAACUGUAGGCGAUAAGCAUCCGAUCUUUUAGUUUGAACGACCCCACCGUUUCGCGCCCGUCAUUUAUGUUCCGUCGCUCGACGCGACUCUGACGCGACUUGUAGGAUACUACGGGGAACUGUCUCGAGGUGAUGAGAGAGGUAAAAAGAAGCGCGUGGACGGUCAGUUGUCGCAUGUUGGCCAGAGGGAGGAUACGCAGAAUAAAGGAAUUGAAACCGAUCAGUAUCAAGUGUCUGUCUAAGAGAAAACCCGACCCAUCUUGGUUUACGUGGAGAAGGAAGGAGGGAGAAGUAGGCAUUUGCCUACAAAAGAAAAUGUAACGCCGUUACUUUUUCGUUACUGAUACAAAAAAGUAACGGCGUUACCAAAUCGUUACCAAAAAAAGUAACGAAAUAGUAACGUCGUUAUAAGUGACGCUUCCCAAUCCUGGGUAAUUAUGCUGCUAAGCGGUCAGGAUAGAAAGAUGUACAUGCGAUUCUGAGUGAAGAUUUACAAACAUUAACACGGCCCACAAAAAUGCCAAAAGUAUCUGCAAUAAUAUCUUUUAUCGUUAAGAAAACUUCCGAGGAAGCAUUGGCUUUUAUCUUAGACAACUCUAUAACAAAAAAUACAUUCAUAAAUAUGCGUUUGGAAUCGAAGUCUUCAGGCAAAUAUUUGGCCUUCUUAUAAUUUGUAAGAAAUGCUAAAGAGUUGUGUAAAUAAAAAAAGACGCAAUAUUAAUAAAUGAAAAUGUAGCAGAAGUAAAACUUCAAAAUUUUCUUAACUUUACUGCUAAAUGAAUUUAAACAUUGCAAGCUAAAGUAGUGGUUCACACUGUGCGACAAUAUAAUUGCACAGAAAUCGAAGCUGUGUUAACUUGCAGUUGGGGUUUUGAUGGUAGUACCGGUAAUUCCUCUUAUCAACAAAAAUAUAAAGAGACGGCAAAUGUAAACGAUAAAAGUUUAUUUGUGACCACCUUCAUUCCGUUUUGAUUAUCAACUUCACCUGGGAUUAUUUUAUGCAACCGAACUCCUCAAUCGAAUAGAUUUUGUCGUCCGGUGAAAAUAGAACAUGUAAAAGAAUCACAUGAAGUUAUUUUAAAACAAAAAGAAAAUAUCGAAAAUCAAAUCUGAAAUUUGGAGAUUUUCAAAGAGUUUGUAGAAAACUGUAAUGUCAAGAUUCAUUUUUCGCUACUUUUAACAUUGAUAGAUGGCAAAAUUUUAAUUAUCACUAACACCAAAUCUAUGCAAACUUAUCCCAUAUGUCCUGCAACUCCAAAAAAUUUUAAUAAUCUAGAGAAUAUAAGUUGAGAAACUUUUAUGCCUGAUCCUAACUCCUUGCAGUCCCUUACAUGCUUGGAUUUGAUUUUUUGAGUUUUGCUUACAUAUCUCCUAUAGAAUAACUUUUAAACAAUGGCAAGUAAGAUCUGAAAAAAAUAAAAAAAAAUUUGCUGAAAAGAAAAAGGAAAUACACGCAGUUAUGUGGGAAAAGUUUGGACUUAUGGCUCCUGUACACAGGAUGCGGUAAUGCUUACCGCGCGGCGCAAGUCCGCGCGACAGCCAAUCAAUAUGCUGCUUUCCGUAAUAACCUUCUAGUUCUUACGGAAAAGCAACAUAUUGAUUGGCUGUCGCACGAAAUUCUGCCGCGCGGCAAGCAUUGCCGCGUCCUGUGGGCAGGAGCCAUUAAAAUUGAUAAGCCUAA